CCCCCUCCCCAUUCCCGCCUGUUCUGCCCCCUCCCCAAUCUGAGCCCCCCCCCCCCAAGCAGCGCUCGGGGAGGGGGCAGCGCCUCCAUGGUGGGGGGGGUGAAAUUUGGGGGUGCCCUCACCCCCCCAAACCCCCCCAGGGCCCCUCUGUGGCAACUCAGAGCUCAGAGCACGGCGGGGAGCUGGGAGGACGCCCUGCACGGGACCCCCAUCGUGGCCUUCGCCGUGGGGGAUGAUCCCGAUGGGUUCGAGUUCGUGGAGACGCUGAGGGAGGUGGCCCAGGACAGGAGGGACCAGCCCGGCUUCAGCAUCCUCUGGAUCGACCCCGGAGAUUUCCCGGGGCUCGUCCCCACCUGGGAGGACACCUUCGACAUCGACCUGUCCCGGCCACAGCUGGGCGUGGUCAAUGGCACCGACUUAGCCAGCAGCGUGUGGCUGGACAUGGAGGAUGAGGAGGAUCUGCCGGGGCCUGAGGAGGUCCUGGAGUGGCUCCAGGAGGUGCUGGAGGGGGACACUGGGGAUGGUGAGGAUGAAGAGGAUGACGAUGAUGAAGAUGAUGAAGAGGAUGACGAUGAUGAUGAAGAUGAUGAUGAUGAAGUUGAUGACGAUGAUGAUGACUGACAACAGUGACGACAACGGUGAUGAUGAUGGCAAUGACAAUGAUGACAAUGAAAAUGAUGAUGAUGAUGAUGAU